AUGGUUCUUAAGUCUAUGAUUGUUGUAUCUUUUGUGUUUUUUAUUUAUACAAUUGAAAGUGUUGCUGGAAGAAAACUUUUGGGAGGGGAGAAGACAACCCUUGGAUAUGGUGAGGGGGUAAGAAAGAUUAGAGGAAGUGUUGGGUGUGAAGUUGGAGAAGGAAGUUGUGGUGAGAUUAGAGGGAAAAAUCUUUUGGAUGGUGGUAUUGCAGGAAACAGAGGUUUAGAUGAUGUGAAUAGAGGGCAAGGAGACUUCAAUUUUGAUAUAAUUUUUGGACCUCGAACAAUAAAUGAAACCAAAACUUCAGACCCAGCUCCAGUUGGAAACUCAGAUAAUAACGGAGCAAUGAGCAUCGGGGGAUCUGCAAAUGGAAGUGGAAUCGCAUCUGUAGCUGGGGUUGGAGUAGGAGCUGGAGUUGGAGCUAAUGGACCCGGAACCUCAGCUGGACUUGGAGCUGGGGCCGGAGCCGGAUCCGGAGGAGGAGGGGAUAGAGCUGGAGCCAGAGCCGGAGCUGGAGCAGGAGCUGGAGUCGGAGCCGGAACCGGAGCCGGAGGUGUAAUUCCUCCCUACACUGCACCUUCUCCUGGAGCUGGAGUCGGAGUCGGAACCGGAGUCGGAGGUGUCAUUCCUCCCUACACUGCACCUUCUCCUGGAGCUGCACCUCCUCCUGCAUCUGGAUGUAGGACUACUGCGGAAUAUACAUCCAUUUUUGGAUUUUUCAAUCGUGGUGGGUGGUAA